AGUUGACAACCACACGUACAAGAGGUCAUCUAAGAGACAGCCUGCUGCAAGACGAGCGAGCCUAGAUAGGGAAAAAUCAAGAGAGUCAUCUUGUUCAGUCAGGCGAUCGCAAAGCAGGGCAGCAAGUCCAUCGCAUGAGCUCCGCAGCACCUAGACGACCGUCUCGGCAGGAACAACAGCUGCGGCAGCUCCUCGACACUGUCCCUGGCAAUGACCGCUGUGCCGAUUGUGAAGCACCAGCACCGCGAUGGGCGUCUCAUAAUCUUGGGAUCUUCCUAUGUACGCGAUGUGCAGGGUUGCAUCGAAAGAUGGGAACACACAUCUCACAAGUAAAGAGCAUCUCAUUGGAUCAAUGGACGCAGGAUCAAGUCGACGUCAUGCAACUGACUGGCAAUACCAUCUCAAACUACAAGUAUAAUCCCCUGCGGAAUUGGCCGUUGCAAGAUGAUGAUGUGACUAUGGAACGCUUCAUUCGGGAUAAGUAUGAGCGAAAGGCCUUUUCCUCACAAAGGGAGACGGCCAAUUUCACUCCCAUCAAGUCGGCCCUGAAGGGCGGCAGCAAAUCAUCAGCACCGCCGGCAUCUCCAGAGGAUACUAAGCGUUAUCAGCAAGAGCUCCAGACUCUACAGGAGAUGGGCUUUGGCGACCGCAAUCGCAAUGUCGGUGUUCUCAAGUCAGUCAUGGGUGACAUUGGUUCGGCGACGGAUGUCCUUGUUGCUAUGGAAUCGUCAGAUGGUAAAGAACCGCCUCCAAAGCCUCAACGGCCGCGUGUUCGAUUCACGGAAGACACCAUUGGCGGAUUAGAUACGCCGCAAAUGCAAAAGGGCAAUCCGUUUGCGGCAUGGACGGGCAGUCAAGCUGAGAUGAAUCCAUUUUCAUCGAUUCCGCCGUCAUUGUAUAAGCAGCAGCAACCACAGGUGAUGGCAGGAGCAGGUGAGGACAAUCCAUUCCCACCAGCUGCACCUCUCCGUCAACAAUUGACGGGUGGACAGCCAUUAAGACCGCAAGGACAGGACUUUGGGGUUUCAGAACAGCAGCAGCAGCAGCAGCAGCAGCAGCAACAACAACAACAACCGGCAAUGCAGCCUCUCCGUGCACAAUUGACUGGUCUACCAACACCGCAACAGCUGAGUGACGCACAGUCUCAUGCUUAUGUAUAUACAGGUCGGGACUAUUACCAGCCUCAACCACCUCAACCACAGCAGCUACCGGUCCACGGCUUUGCAAACAACUUCUUGCCCGAACGGCCAGCAUCUGCACAGCCUGCGCUUGGAGUACAGCAACAACAUGCUGGUAGUGCGAAUACAUUCAGCCAAGCACAUCAAGCUCCCCCGCCACCACCACCUCGGCAUCCAUUUGGUGUGCAAGGUAAUCAGCAGCAGCAGCAGCAAGCGUCGGGCUUGAACAGUAUGUUUGCACCCCUUGUACCACAACGGACAGCACAGAUGCAGCCUGCCCAACAGCAGCAACAGCAAUCAUCACAAAAUCAAGUCUUUGGCAAUGCAGGCCAAUCUGCAUUCGGACAACAACCUGGACAAGGCUUUGCUGCGAAUCGUCCACAAGUGUCGCCACAGGCAACAGGGCCUUUCGGACAAUCGUUUACACGACCGUUGCAGGCGCAAUUGACUGGCAUUCAGAAUAGUCUGAUGCAGCCACAGCAGCAGCAAGAAAGCAAUGCGUUCAGCAGGUUUGGACAGCCCUUUCAGGGUCAGGGUAUGCCAAGUCAAGGACAAGCGCAAAACCCGGCAGGCUAUCAAAUUUCACCGCAACCUUCAGGAUUCUUGGGCAGUGUCGCACAAUCGCAGGUACAAAACACAGGCUAUCAAAUAUCACCUCAGCCAUCCGGUCUUCCUGGUGUUGCUGGACAACAGCAGAAUAAUGGGUAUCACAUCUCGCCACAAGUGUCGGGGAUACAGCGUCCUCAACAACAGCAGCAACAUGGUGGCUAUCAGAUCUCGCCACAACAAUCAGGUCUGCAGCAGGGCCAGCAGGCGUCAGCUGGUCUCUUUCAAAAUGGUACACAACAACAUCAACAGCCACAAGCUAUGAAUGGGCAAGGGUUGGGAGGACUGCAGCAACGACCGCCGUUUGCUGUUCAAAAUGGAAAUGCCUCAUCGCCCUUCAAUCCUGGUCAGGCACCACCUCAGCAUGCCUCUAGCCCAUUCGGGCAACAAUCACAACAACAGCAGCAAAGUGGAUUCAACCCAAUGCAGCCAUUCAAAACAUUCGACAAGGCGAGUAUUAUGAGUUUGUACAAUACAGGUGGCGCUACACAACAAGGUCAGCAACAGGCGCUACGACCAAUGAUGACAGGUCCUGGCGGCCCACAACAGUCGCAACAACAAGGACUUGGGAUGCAAGGGUAUGUACCAACAAUGCAUCAACAGCAACCUAGCCAAGCGUUUGGAUAUCCACAACAGUCGCAACAACAGCAGCCCCCAUCGCAACAGUAUAACAGCACGCAUGGUGGCGGUGAUUGGUAUAGCUGAGCUGACCCAAACCAUUUUCCUUCAUUGUGAGCAUUUUUUGAGAGUAUAGCGUCAGGCGUAGAUUUUUGCACUUCUUGGAGC